CCCGGCGCUGGCCGGUCGCCGUUUCCAAGAUGGCCGCGGCGCGAGCGGCUCCUGCGGCGGGCUAGAGGCGGAGGCGGAGCCGAGUCACUCCCGCACUCCGGGGCUCCGGUGCCCCGCGCCAGGCUGCAGCUUGCCGCCCGCCGCGGCCAUGCGAGGCCCCGUGCACGGAUGAGAGAAGCCGCCACCGCCGCCGAGCUGGUCCCCCCGCCCGCCUUCGCCGUCACGCCCGCCGCCGCCAUGGAGGAGCCGCCGCCGCCGCCGCCGCCGCCGCCGCCGGGACCCGAGCCCGAGCCCGAGCCCGAGCCCGAGCGCUGCCGGGCGGCGAGGCAAGAAUGCACAGUGGGAGAUUCAGCUUGCAAGAAUUCUGAGUCUGAUCCAGAGGAUUUUUCAGAUGAAAUCAAUACGGAGAACCUUUAUGGCACCUCUCCCCCCAGUACACCUCGGCAGAUGAAACGCAUGUCCGCCAAGCACCAGAGGAAUAACGUGGGGAAGCCUGCCAAUCGAUCUGGUUUGAAAGAAAAAAUGAAUGCACCAAACCAGCCUCCACACAAAGACACUGGAAAAACCAUGGAGAAUGUGGAAGAAUAUAGCUAUAAGCAGGAGAAGAAGAUUCGAGCUGCUCUUAGGACAACAGAGCGUGAUCAUAAGAAAAAUGUGCAGUGCUCGUUCAUGUUGGACUCAGUGGGUGGGUCUUUGCCCAAAAAAUCAAUUCCAGAUGUGGAUCUUAAUAAGCCUUACCUCAGUCUUGGCUGCAGCAAUGCUAAGCUUCCGGUAUCUGUGCCCAUGCCUAUACCCAGAACUGCACGCCAGACUUCUAGGACUGACUGUCCAGCAGAUCGCUUAAAGUUUUUUGAGACUUUACGACUUCUGCUAAAGCUUACCUCAGUCUCAAAGAAGAAGGACAGGGAGCAAAGAGGACAGGAAAAUACAUCUGCUUUCUGGUUUAACCGAUCUAAUGAACUGAUCUGGUUAGAGCUACAAGCCUGGCACGCAGGACGGACCAUUAAUGACCAGGACCUCUUUUUAUAUACAGCCCGUCAAGCCAUCCCUGAUAUUAUUAAUGAAAUCCUUACUUUCAAAGUUAAUUAUGGGAGCUUUGCCUUUGUUAGAAAUGGAGCUAGUUUUAAUGGUACUUCAGUAGAAGGGCAGCGCAGAGCCCCUCCUGGAACAAAAAUUGUGGGUUACUCAACAUAUCAUGAGCAUCUCCAACGCCAGAGGGUGUCAUUUGAGCAGGUAAAGCGGAUAAUGGAGCUGCUGGAGUACAUGGAAGCACUUUAUCCAUCAUUGCAGGCUCUUCAAAAGGAUUAUGAAAAAUAUGCUGCAAAAGACUUCCAGGACAGGGUGCAGGCACUCUGUUUGUGGUUAAACAUCACAAAGGACUUAAAUCAGAAGUUAAGGAUUAUGGGCACUGUUUUGGGCAUCAAGAAUUUAUCAGACAUUGGCUGGCCAGUGUUUGAAAUCCCUUCUCCUCGAUCGUCCAAAGGCAAUGAGCCAGAAGAUGAGGGUGAUGACACAGAAGGGGACUUGAAAGAGCUGGAAAGUAGUACGGAUGAGAGUGAAGAAGAACAACUCUCAGGUCCAAGGGCACCAGAGCCCACACAGCCCAUUGACACCAAUUUCAGCAUCCAUUCACAGGACUGUGUACUGAAGAAGCUUGAGAGGCUUGAGUCUGAGGAUGAUUCUUUUGGCUGGGGAGCACCAGACUGCAGCACAGAGGCAGGCUUUAGUAGACAUUGUCUGACUUCUAUUUAUAGGCCAUUUGUAGACAAAGCCCUGAAGCAAAUGGGGUUAAGAAAGUUAAUUUUAAGACUUCACAAGCUGAUGGACGGUUCCUUGCAAAGGGCACGUAUAGCACUGGUAAAGAGUGACCAUCCAGUGGAGGACCCAGUCAAGGACACCACUUUGCACUUAGUCAUGUCUUCUCGGUCUCCUCUGUUUUCCGAAUUUCCAGACCCCAUGUGGGGUUCCGAUUAUGUGCAGUUAUCCAGGACACCACCUUCCUCGGAGCAGAAGGGCAGCACUGUGUCGUGGGACGAGCUAAAGUCCAUGGACUUACCCUCCUUCGAACCUGCCUUCCUGGUGCUCUGUCGAGUCCUUCUGAAUGUGAUACAUGAGUGUCUGAAGUUAAGACUGGAGCAGAGGCCUGCUGGAGAACCAUCUCUCUUAAGUAUUAAGCAGCUGGUGAGGGAAUGUAAAGAGGUGCUAAAGGGCGGCCUUCUGAUGAAGCAGUACUACCAGUUCAUGCUGCAUGAGGUGCUGGCCGACCUGCAGAAGACCGACUGCAACAUCGACGCCUUUGAGGAGGACCUGCACAAAAUGCUGAUGGUGUAUUUUGAUUACAUGAGAAGCUGGAUCCAAAUGCUGCAGCAGUUACCUCAAGCAUCCCAUAGUCUAAAAAACCUGUUAGAAGAAGAGUGGAAUUUCACCAAAGAAAUAACCCAUUAUAUCCGGGGAGGAGAAGCCCAGGCUGGAAAACUUUUCUGUGACAUUGCAGGGAUGCUGCUGAAGUCAACAGGGAGUUUUUUAGAGUUCGGCUUGCAGGAGAGCUGUGCAGAGUUCUGGACCAGUGCUGAUGACUCCAAUGCCUCAGACGAAAUAAGGAGAUCCGUUAUAGAGAUCAGUCGAGCUCUGAAGGAGCUUUUUCACGAAGCUAGAGAAAGAGCCUCCAAGGCGCUUGGAUUUGCUAAAAUGUUGAGAAAGGACCUGGAAAUAGCAGCAGAGUUCAUACUUUCAGCCCCCAUUAGAGACCUUCUGGAUGUUCUGAAAUCAAAGCAGUAUGUUAAGGUACAGAUUCCUGGCUUAGAAAACUUGCAAGUGUUUGUUCCAGACACUCUUGCUGAGGAGAAGAACAUUAUUUUGCAGUUACUCAAUGCAGCCGCAGGAAAAGAUUGUUCGAAAGAGUCAGAUGAUGUACUGAUUGAUGCCUAUCUGUUGCUAACCAAGCAGAGUGAUCGCACUCGGGAUUCAGAGGAUAGUUGGGCCUCAUGGGAAGCACGACCUGUCAAAAUUGUGCCUCAGGUCGAGACCGUCGACACCCUGAGAAGCAUGCAGGUGGAUAAUCUUUUACUAGUUGUCAUGCAGUCUGCACAUCUCACCAUCCAGAGAAAAGCUUUCCAGCAGUCCAUCGAAGGACUCAUGACUCUCCGCCAGGAGCAGACGUCCAGUCAGCCGGUCAUUGCCAGAGCUUUACAGCAGUUAAAAAAUGAUGCACUAGAGCUUUGCAACAGAAUAAGCGAUGCCAUUGACCGAGUGGACCACAUGUUCACUUCAGAAUUUGAUGCGGAAGUUGAUGAAUCAGAGUCUGUCACAUUGCAACAGUACUACCGAGAGGCAAUGAUUCAGGGCUACAACUUUGGGUUCGAGUAUCAUAAAGAAGUUGUUCGUUUGAUGUCUGGAGAAUUUAGACAGAAGAUAGGAGACAAAUAUAUAAGCUUUGCCCGGAAAUGGAUGAACUAUGUCCUAACUAAAUGUGAGAGUGGUCGAGGUACAAGACCCAGGUGGGCAACGCAAGGUUUUGACUUUCUACAAGCCAUUGAACCUGCCUUUAUUUCAGCUUUGCCAGAAGAUGACUUCUUGAGUCUUCAAGCCUUGAUGAAUGAGUGCAUUGGCCAUGUGAUAGGAAAGCCACACAGUCCUGUUACAGGUUUGUACCUUGCUAUUCAUCGGAACAGUCCCCGCCCUGUGAAGGUACCACGAUGCCAUAGUGACCCUCCCAACCCACAUCUAAUUAUCCCGACUCCAGAGGGAUUCAGCACUCGGAGCGUGCCUUCAGACGCACGGAGCCACGGCAGCCCUGCUGCUGCUCCUGUCCCUGCUGCUGCUGCCACCGCCGGUCGCCCCGGCCCCGCAGGCAGUGACUCUGCACCACCCAAACCCAUCAGCAGUGCCCAUGAUACCAGGGGUUCCAGUGUCCCUGAGAAUGACCGGUUGGCUUCUAUAGCCGCCGAGUUACAGUUUCGGUCCUUGAGCCGCCACUCAAGCCCCACGGAGGAGCGCGACGAACCAGCGUAUCCAAAAGGUGAUUCAAGUGGGUCAGCUCGAAGAAGUUGGGAACUUCGGACACUUAUCAGCCAGACUAAGGACAGUGCUUCCAAACAAGGACCCAUAGAAGCUAUCCAGAAAUCAGUCCGACUGUUUGAAGAAAAGAGGUAUCGAGAAAUGAGGAGAAAGAAUAUCAUUGGUCAAGUUUGUGAUACCCCUAAAUCAUAUGAUAACGUUAUGCAUGUAGGCUUGAGGAAGGUGACCUUCAAGUGGCAAAGAGGAAACAAAAUUGGGGAGGGGCAGUAUGGGAAGGUCUACACCUGUAUCAGUGUCGACACUGGCGAAUUGAUGGCUAUGAAGGAGAUCCGAUUUCAACCUAAUGACCAUAAAACUAUCAAGGAAACUGCAGACGAAUUGAAAAUCUUUGAGGGCAUCAAACACCCCAAUCUGGUUCGGUAUUUUGGUGUGGAGCUUCAUAGAGAAGAAAUGUACAUCUUCAUGGAAUACUGUGACGAGGGGACAUUAGAAGAGGUGUCAAGGCUGGGACUUCAGGAGCAUGUCAUUAGGCUGUAUUCAAAGCAGAUCACCAUCGCAAUCAAUGUCCUCCAUGAGCAUGGCAUCGUUCACCGUGACAUCAAAGGUGCCAAUAUCUUCCUAACCUCCUCUGGACUCAUCAAGCUGGGGGAUUUUGGAUGCUCAGUAAAGCUUAAAAACAACGCACAGACCAUGCCGGGAGAAGUGAAUAGCACACUGGGGACAGCAGCAUACAUGGCUCCAGAAGUCAUCACUCGUGCAAAAGGAGAAGGCCAUGGGCGUGCCGCUGAUAUCUGGAGUCUGGGCUGUGUCGUUAUAGAGAUGGUGACCGGCAAGAGGCCUUGGCAUGAAUAUGAACACAACUUUCAGAUUAUGUAUAAAGUGGGAAUGGGGCACAAGCCACCCAUCCCUGAGAGACUAAGCCCGGAAGGAAAGGACUUCCUUUCUCACUGCCUUGAAAGUGAGCCCAGGAUGAGGUGGACGGCCAGCCAGCUCCUCGACCAUUCCUUCGUCAAGGUCUGCACAGAUGAAGAAUGAAGCUAAUCGGUCUGCGGCCUGGUAGUGUGUGUGCUCGGAGAAUUCUCUUAAUCACUACUGUAUGUAAUAUUUACAUAAAGACUGUGCUGAGAAGCAGUAUAAGCCUUUUUAACCUUCCAAGACUGAAGACUGCACAGGUGACAAGCGUCACUUCUCCUGCUGCUCCUGUUUGUUUGACGUGGCACGGGGCCCUCUGAGUGACGGUGUCCACGAGGUAAAGAAGCUGCAUGUUAAGUGCCAUUACUACUGUACACGGACCAUCACCUCUGUCACCUGUUUCUCGUGUGCUGACAUCAGUGUAGUGUUUUGACCUUCCUGGGUUCAAAAGCAGUUGUAGUGUUAUCAGGUGUCCUGGGCCUUGUUAAACUCUUGUUUGUCGAGUGCACUGACUGUGAAAUCUUACCUUUUGUUGUUGUUGGCAAGCCACAGGUUUGUUAUGCAAAGGCUGAUUAAUGAAAUUUAAGAAAAAGGUUCUUUUUUCAAUAAAUGGUUUAUUUUAGGAAAGCUCAGUUA